CCGCGCGUGGCGUCGUGAAACCCAUACAAAGUUAAUAUUUGAGUUCGCGAAAAAACGUAUACCGGGACCUCGCGAGACGGUCGCGUCGUCGGUCGACUCAGCCGGAGCCAGUGGUGCAGGUCGAUAUGUCGUUGGUUCCACCGGGGGGCGGAGACUCUCCAAGCCCACGGAGAGCCGUAAGCCCACUGUUGGAGUCCCGUCGCCCACAUUGCACCCUGGCAUGCGACUACUGCGCAGCGAUUCUCGAAGACAAGUUUAAACGUUCAGGAGAGACUCGCAACCGCGGAACAUCCCCGCUGUCGAUCUCGCCGCGCCAAUCGCUGACUGGCGAUCCACUAUGGGCUCUACCUGACGACGACCGCCCCGACUUUUCUGCCCUUAAGGAGAAUAUUAGCAAAAUCAAUAAGGAUUGUGAAACGUCUACUCGCUUGGACGCUUUACUGACUCAAGUCGAGCAAUACGCAAAUAAUCUGGAGGCGUUGGUUGAAGAACGCACAUCCGAUUAUCUUGAGGAGAAGAAAAAAUGCGAAGAAUUGCUCUACCAGCUGCUACCCAAGUCUGUGGCAUCCCAACUAAUUAUGGGCAAACCGGUAGUCGCCGAAAUGUACGAAGAAGUGACCAUCUACUUCAGCGAUAUCAUUGGCUUCACCCUCAUCUCUGCCGAAUCCACACCGCUUGAGGUCGUUGAAUUCCUCAAUGAUCUUUACACCAGCUUCGAUUCUGUCAUAGAAGGAUUUGAUGUUUACAAGGUGGAAACAAUCGGCGACGCGUACAUGGUGGUGUCUGGGCUGCCUAUGCGCAAUGGCACCCGACACGCCCCGGAAAUUGCUAGCAUGGGUUUGGCGCUACUUAAGGCUGUGCGUUAUAAGACCGUGCCCCACCGACCAGGCAGACCACUGCUGCUGCGCAUCGGCAUACACACUGGUCCUUGCGUGGCUGGGGUGGUGGGUCUGAAGAUGCCGCGCUACUGUCUCUUCGGAGACACUGUCAACACCGCCUCUCGCAUGGAGUCCCACGGGGAGGCCCUGCGCAUCCACGUGAGCCCCGUCACCAAGGCUCUUCUGGACAUCUAUGACAAGUUUGACCUCGAGUGCCGUGGAGAGAUCACCAUGAAGGGAAAAGGGAAAAUGACGACCUACUGGCUGCGCGGGGAGAAGAAGGUUGAAGGUCAAGCCAGUACGUCCCAACCCAUCUGUGAACCGAGCACAUCCUGGGCCGGGACAAACCAUGUGCAAGAGCCUAAUCCGAGUAUCACUUUCCAAGGGCCUGAUAGCCCGGCAUCUCACUCCCUGACCCACAGCCAGAGUCCAGACCGCAAGGAAGCCAGCGAUCAGCGCACACUGGACCUCAUUCAAGAGCGUGAUCGCAUCAAGCAUGAGAUAGCCAGCUAUGUCGCUAAAGAUCUUAUUAAUAACAUCGACUGUGCCGUACGGGAAUUCAGGAAAUCUCAAUCACAGGCCUGUAGCGGUGGUACCUUCGUCUCACCCUCCGUAGCCAACAAGUCACCGGCCAGAACACUGCAUAACGGUACUCAAGGCCUAACGAUGCCUACAAAUGAUAUGGAUUUGGUGAUAAGCAAGGGUAAGGUGCGCGACGUAGUCAACAAAUUCAACUCGUCGUUGAAUAAUUGCAAAGAUGCAAAGCCGAAACCGAAACCGAACGAUCAAAACUGA